AUGCCAGCAAAGAAGAGCAUUUUGAUUACUGAGGAGUCAAUACUGAAGAGAAACCACAAGAAACCACGGCACACCUGUUUCAUCAACACCAUCAUAGGCUGCAUUCUCAUCAAACUAGUCUUUUUAGUUAUAGCGGCCAAAUAUUCAUUAAUAUAUGGCCGCCUCUCAGCAAAUAACACUUCCCCAUUGCCCCGUUUUGACAAUGAGUCGUGUCACUCAUUCAAUGAUGGUCAAACAAACUCAAAUUUAACGAGUCUUGUCUCUCCCAGUAAGGUCCAUAAAGUGUUCUUGAAUUUCCGGGGAGAGCAACUGAGGUAUAACUUUGUCAGCCACCUCACUGAUGCCUUCGAGAGGCACAGGAUUAAAUUCUUCAUUGACAAAUACGAGCAGAGGGGCAAAGACGUAAAACAUCUACUUGUAAGAAUCGAAGAGUCCAGCAUUGCACUGGCCAUCUUUUCUACUAGGUAUCCAGAGUCAAGCUGGUGCAUGGAUGAGUUAGUGAAGAUGAAGAAACUUGUGGAUCAAGGAAAGCUCCGAGUCAUACCAAUCUUCUACAAGGUGGAGCCAAAAGAUGUUAGAAACCCGAAUCGUGGCAGUGAGUUUGGUAGAAACUUCUGGAGGCUCGCGGAAUUAGUUUCUACCACUUCUAGAAGAGAACAAAUCAAGCAUUGGUUGGAAGCCUUGGAGUGUAUUUGCGAUAAGCUUGGUUUGUCUCUAGGAGAAAAGAGCUCUGAAUCCGAUUUCGUCUACGAUAUUGUUAAGAGAGUUAAAGAUGCAAUUGGACUCGAGGAAGAAGAGAAAUCAUUUUUGGGGGAGAAUAUAAAAAAGAAAAGUGAAGUAUCUCUUCGACUCUGCAAGAAGAUUUCAGGAGACUGGACUGGUAAUCAAAGAUUCCGUUCUAGCUAG